GAUCCUCAUGUCCGUCUCCAAGGGCAACCAGGUCACCGUCACCAACGACGGCGCCACGAUCCUCAAGUCCAUCUACGUCGACAAUGCCGCCGCCAAGGUGCUCGUCGACAUCUCCAAGGCGCAGGACGACGAGGUCGGCGACGGCACAACCUCCGUCGUGGUCUUUGCCGGCGAGCUCCUUCGCCAAGCGGAGCAGCUCGUCAACCAGAAGGUUCACCCCAUGACGAUCAUCCAGGGCUUCCGCGAGGCGUGCACCGUCGCCAAGGAGGCGCUCGAGGCCGCGGCGCUCGACCACGCCGCGGACGAGGCUGCGUUUCGCAAGGAUCUCAUGAACAUCGCGCGAACCACCCUGUCCUCCAAGAUCCUCACGCACGACAAGGACCACUUCGCGAACCUGGCGUGCGACGCGGUGAUGCGCCUGAAGGGCAGCGGGAACCUGGAGAUGAUCCAGCUGAUCCAGAAGCCCGGAGGAUCCCUGAAGGACUCGUUCCUCGACGAAGGGUUCAUCCUGAACAAGAAGUUCAACACCGGGCACCCCAAAAAGAUUGAAAACGCCAAGAUUCUCAUCGCCAACACCCCGAUGGACACCGACAAGAUCAAAAUCUACGGAGCGCGCGUGCGAGUGGACUCGAUGGCGAAGGUUGGCGAGAUCGAGGCUGCGGAGAAGGCGAAGAUGGCAGCCAAGUGCGAGAAGAUCGCGAAGCACGGCUGCAACCUCUUCAUCAACCGUCAGCUCAUCUACAACUACCCGGAGCAGGUUCUCAGCGACCUCGGCGUCGCGUCCAUCGAGCACGCCGACUUUGACGGCGUCGAGCGACUCGCGCUGGUCACCGGCGGCGAGAUCUGCUCCACCUUCGACGACCCCGAGGGCAACGUGCUCGGCACGUGCGACACCGUCGAGGAGAUUAUGAUCGGCGAAGACAGGCUCAUCAAGUUCAGCGGAGUCGCAAAGGGCGAGGCGUGCACAAUCGUGCUCCGCGGCGCGUCGUCGCACGUGCUCGGCGAGGCGGAACGGUCUCUCCACGACGCGCUCUGCGUGCUCGUAUCCACCGUGAAGGACAGCCGGGUGGUUUACGGCGGCGGGUGCCCCGAGAUGAUCAUGUCCAAGGCGGUCGAGGAGCUCGCGGCGAAGACCCCGGGCAAGCGCUCGCUCGCCAUGGAGGGUUUCGCCAAGGCGCUGAGGAUGAUCCCGACGAUCAUCUGCGAGAACGCGGGUCUGGACUCGAGCGAGAUUGUGAGCCAGCUGCGCGCCAGCCACGGCCGCGGCGACCACAAGAUGGGCGUGGACAUCCUCACCGGGGAGACGGGCGACAUGGAGCAGUGCGGGAUCACCGAGUGCUUCAGGGUCAAGCAGCAGGUGUUGCUCUCGGGUACCGAGGCGGCGGAGAUGAUCAUCCGCGUCGACGACAUCAUCAAGUGCGUGCCCAGGCAGCGCGACCAGUAAAGCACGCCGGCGAGAGAGCGAGGUUCAUUUGUCAAUUCAAAGGUUUAGUCUCAACU